GUUUCUGCCCGGAGCAACAGGUAAUUUAGUUGUUGAAGAUUUCAUUUUAUAUGUGCAGGACGUGCGUUUCGAUGUUCGAUACUAGUAUUUCUUCGUAUUUUUCUGAUUGAAUUAGAUAGUUUUUAAUAGCAGGACCAAGAGGAGCACUACAGACAACGAAUUUAGUAUAUACAGUUAUUAUUAUACAACAGAAUCAUGAGGGUUGUUGAUACUAAUAAGCUAUGUGAACUACAAAGUAAGCCAGACCAUAUCAGAAAUAUCUGCAUACUUGCUCAUGUCGACCAUGGAAAAACUACACUUGCUGAUUCACUUGUUGCUAGCAAUGGCAUUAUAUCAGCAAGAAUGGCUGGCAAAUUGAGGUAUAUGGACAGCAGGAAAGAUGAACAAGAAAGAGGAAUCACCAUGAAAAGUAGUGCAAUUUCUCUUUACUGCAAUUCAGCUAACUCGGAGUAUUUAGUGAACUUAAUCGACUCACCUGGUCACGUAGAUUUUUCUUCAGAAGUAUCAACAGCCAUUCGACUUUGUGAUGGUGCUAUUGUUAUUGUGGAUGUUGUUGAAGGUGUUUGUGCUCAAACCAAGGUGGCUUUAAAACAAGCCUGGAUUGAAAAUAUACAACCUGUGUUGGUGCUCAACAAAAUGGAUCGCCUGAUAACAGAGGUGCAACUGUCACCUCUAGAUGCUUAUAUCCAUUUAACUCAAAUUUUAGAACAGGUAAAUGCUGUUCUGGGAGAAUUAUUCUCCAUGGAGGUCCUCAGUAAAACAAGUGCAGAAAAUGAUCUAGAAGAUAACAAAGAGAAAGGGAAAGGAAAUGAAGAGUUACAUAGUGAAAUUGGAGUGAAGGAAGUCUCAGAAUGGGCUUCUGGCCUAGAUGAUGUUGAUGAUGAAGACUUGUACUUCUCUCCUGAAAAGGGCAAUGUAGUGUUUGCCAGUGCUGUUGAUGGUUGGGGCUUUCGGGUCACAGACUUUGCUAAAGUUUUGUCAGCUAAAAUGGGCAUUAGUGAGAUUGUCUUAAAUAAGACACUCUGGGGUGACUUUUACCUCAAUUCGAAGACAAAACGUAUCAUGAGGGGUGCACAGGAGAAAGCCAAGAAACCCCUCUUUGUUCAAAUGGUACUAGAAAAUUUGUGGUCAGUCUAUGAAAACAUUGUAGUCAGAAAGGACAAGGAAAAACUUCAAAAAAUUGUGGAUAGUUUAAAAAUUAAAUUAACCACUAGAGAUAUGCGCCAUACAGAUGCUAAAGUUCAGUUGCAGGCUGUAUGUAGUCAAUGGUUGCCUCUAGCAUCAGCUGUUCUUGACAUGUGCUGUGAGAAGUUACCAUCCCCACUAAAAAUGAACGAGGAAAAAGUUGAGAAACUAAUGUGCUCCUCUGCCAAAAGAUUUGACUCCUUACCUCCGGAAACACAAAAAUUGAAGGAUCAUUUUAUUGCCUGUUCUAGUAAUGAUGAGGACCCUGUUAUUGUCUUUAUUUCUAAAAUGUUUCCAGUAGAACAAUCACUUUUACCGGAAAAUAGACCACAGCCUUUGACUCAAGAGGAAAUGGCACUGCGUCGUGAGCAGGCUCGACUGCGACAUGCAGAGAGAAUGAGUCAGCAAAAUGAUGCUGCAGCUGGGAGCACAGCAGAUAUGUCUUUUCCUAUCCCGGACACUUCUGUAUCUCAAAAGUGUGAUGCUCAGGUAACUCCUAGUGUUGAAUGUACAAAGGCUCCAGAUGAAGAUGUUUUUGUUGCAUUUGCUCGAGUUUUUAGUGGAAAGAUACGAGUUGGCCAAGAAUUAUUUGUAUUGGGACCCAAAUACAAUCCAACGGCGGUAACAAUUAACAAAGAACAAAAGGGUGAAGUCAUUGUUGACCCAACUCUCACUUUAAAAGAUCUAAAACAUGGACAACACAUCACAAAGAUAAAAGUAUCUAAUCUAUAUCUUCUUAUGGGAAGAGAAUUACAGUGUCUUCAGGAGGUACCAGCUGGAAAUGUACUUGGUAUUGGAGGCUUGGAAGAGCAUGUUCUUAAGUCGUGUACUUUGUCAUCUACCGUAGCUUGUCCAUCCUUCACUGAACUACAGCUAAUGGCAACACCUAUUCUUAGGGUGGCUGUUAUGCCAAAACAUGCAGCUGAUAUGCCAGCUCUUGUAAAGGGUCUUCGCUUGUUAAAUCAAGCGGAUUCCUGUGUGCAAGUUCUUGUCCAGGAAACAGGAGAGCAUGUCAUUGUAACUGCAGGUGAAGUCCAUCUGCAACGCUGUCUAGAUGACUUGACGGAGAGAUAUGCUAAAGUUCAAAUUAAAGCAUCUGAACCAAUUGUUCCUUUCCGUGAGACAAUUGUGACCCCACCCACUCUUGAUAUGGUGAAUGAAGUCAUUCAGGAUUCUGUGUCAUCUAAAAAGGAGAAAGAAGGUAUGAUUACAGUGUGGACUGCUAAUCAAAAGUGCUGCAUCACAAUAAAUGCAGUCCCCCUCCCUGAAGAUGUUGUCAGAAUUCUUGAGAAUAAUACUGAUCUCAUCAAAACAUAUGACCAAUAUAUUAUGUCCCAGCGCAAACAUGGUGAUAUGGUGUCUUCUAUGAAGGCAAUGACUUUAUCAGAUCUUUCUGUUACUGAGGCGAUUGUAGAAUCAGGAACAUCCCUUGAGAACUCUGAUGCCACAUCUCUCGAAGCAGAGAUGGAACAGUUGUCAUCAUUGACAGAUCGUACUUUAAAGGCUAUUGAAAAGCUUCAAGAGGAUUUGAAGAAAGCAUUCGAUGAUAGUAAACAUCCUAUGUGGCAAAAUGUGGUUGAGAAGAUUUGGAGCUUCGGUCCCCGUCGUUUUGGUCCUAACAUUCUUAUAAACAAUAUUGAUGGACUCCCUUGUUCAUUUUGGAACCCUAAUUUAGCCACAGAGUGUAUAGAAUUGAAAGAUUUGUUAUCAAUGGAAAGCAGUUUUGUGAAUGGUUUCCAACUGGCCACUCUAGCUGGUCCUCUUUGUGAUGAACCGAUGAUGGGCGUUGCUUUCAUUGUGUCAAAAUGGGAGCUAAGUUUGUCAAGUCCUGACAGUGAAAGCACAGGAUCCAUUGCCUGGGGACCUCUGUCUGGACAAAUUAUGUCAUCUGUGAAGGAGGGAUGCAAGAAAGCCUUCCAGGCUCAACCACAACGCUUGAUGGCCGCAAUGUAUAGCUGCAACAUCCAGGUCACCGCCGAGGCAUUAGGCCGCAUGUACGGCGUGCUGAGCCGGCGCCACGGCCGCGUCCUGGCCGGCGACAUGGCCGAGGGCUCCGGGGCCACGUUCAACGUGACGGCGGUCCUGCCCGUCGUCGAGAGCUUCGACUUUGCCCCUGAGAUCCGCAAGCAGACCUCUGGCCUGGCCAGUCCGCAGCUCGUCUUCAGCCACUGGGAGGUUAUCGACUUGGAUCCGUUCUGGGUCCCAUCAACCGAGGAAGAGUACCUUCACUUUGGCGAGAAGGCUGACUCCGGCAACAGGGCUCGUCAUUACAUGGACAAUGUGCGGCGGCGGAAGGGACUGCCAGUGACAAUGAAGAUUGUAGAGCACGCGGAAAAGCAACGUACUUUAUCAAAAAAUAAAUAGCGCCUAUAAUCCGAUCAAUUUGUCGGGUUAGAUGGUUUGAACACUGUACUGGAUUGUGUAAAUUUCUCUUGUAAUAAAUAAAUACUAUCAGUCAUUCUGGG